AUGGACGCUUCCAAGUGCAUUAGCGAGCCCAUCUUCAUCGGAACCGCGAUACGAUUUGUCAAUGGCACAUCUCAGUCCAUUCUCGGUGGAGAUAGCGGUCCUAGAUUGAUGCUUUUUGCUGCAGCCGUGUAUAUGGGAAUAGCAGUGUCGGGGGCAAUCUACCAACAUCAAAUCAAUAGGCUGCGCGUUAUGGUUCGGGGAGCAUUGGUUGGUCUCAUUCACCACCAGUCUCUUCAUUUGCCAGAUGAUAAAUCUCAAGACUCAUCCGCAUUGGCACUGAUUAGCUCAGAUAUUGAUAGCGUUGACUCUGUGGGGUGUUCGCGGAUGAGCGCGUAUGUUGCAAAGCACUUGGAGAAUCGGCAGAAAGACUGGAACGCGGCAACACAGAACCGCCUUGCCGCCACAUCAGCAGCUAUAGAGGGAAUCAAGAGCUUAAAGAUGAUGGGGAUGGAAGAUGCAAUCCAGUCGCAGGUCUUAUAUCUACGAAACAAUGAGAUCCAAGCAUCAAAGCGCCUACGAUGGAUUCUGGUAGCCUACAACGCAAGCGCAAAUGCACUUGGGAUUCUUGCUCCAGUCUUGACUCUUGUUCUUUUCCUCCUGUCGUCUCGAGGCGAUGGGAUAUCUACUGAUCAAACCUUUACAGCCCUUGCUCUUCUAGCCAUGGUGACACAUCCAGCCAACAUGGUUAUGACUCUUAUUCCACAGGCGAUUUCUGUUCUGGCAAACUUUGAUCGUAUCCAGACUUUUAUCAGCCAACCGUCCAUCCAAGAUACGCGAGAAGUCUUCCAGGAAGUAAGUCCUCAACAAUUCAUUUUAACACAAGCCCUAACGGUGGCACCUCCUCCAUUAUAUCAUCCUAUACUUUGUGAUUUGGACUUGGCAAUCACCAAAGGGGAAAUUGUGACUUGCGCUGGCGCUGUUGGAAGUGGGAAGACAACUCUAGCAAUGGCUGUUCUUGGAGAAGCUACUACUACCAGUGGCUUGAUCUCUAUAUCCUCCAAGGAGAUUGCAUAUUGCGCUCAAGAGCCGUGGCUACCUAGCGUCACUAUUCGCGAAGCUAUAGCAGGACAUCUCGUUGGUCUAGAUAUCGAAUGGUAUAAUACUGUGAUCGAAGCCUGCGGCUUGGUGCCGGAUUUCCAUUCGUUUGUGGCUGGUGAUAUGGCACUGAUCGAGAACAAUGGAAUGAAUCUCUCUGGGGGACAAAAGCAGCGUAUAGCUUUGGCAAGAGCAGUCUACUCGAAAUAUAAAAUGCUUGUCCUCGAUGAUCCGUUCAGUGCUCUUGAUGAAGCUGUUGCGGGUCAUAUUGUGCAAAGGCUGUUGGGCCCACGAGGUCUGUUUCGAAAAAUGGCGACUACAGUGCUUUUGAUCAGCAACUCUAUUUCAGAUCGGGUGCUACUCCUUCAUGAUUCAAGGCUCUAUCCCCGAAUGCACCUUCAAGAUCCGAAAGCAGCUGUUGGGCUUCUUUCAUUGCCUUCGAAGAAUUCCCACACCCUCAAUCUAUCAAAUGACAAUGACUCCGGAGCUCUUGGAAAGAGUCGGAAGCUACAUCUAAGCGAUGCUGAAGACGAUACCUCCCGGAGGACUGGAGAUGUUGCAAUCUAUGGGUAUUACAUUAACGCAAUCGGCCGAUCUAACAAUCUUAUGUUGAUUUUGUGUACGGCUGGUUUCUCAUUUUGUUCUACAUUUGCUCAGUAUGUUCUCAAAUGGGCGACAGAAUCGCCUAGAGACAGAUUGAACUUCUAUAUAUCUCUCUAUGCCACAAUAUCGUUCAUCGGAUGGGUGGCAACUAGUGGGACUAUGUGGGCCGCUCAAAUGAAAGUUGCUAUCAGGUCAGGCGCACUGUUACACGCACAGCUUCUCGAUCGGAUUCUUAGGGCGCCUUUGUCUUAUAUCACCAAAACUGAUAUCGGUACCAUUGUGAACAGGUUUGGGCAGGACAUAAAUCUCGUGGAUAAGCAACUUCCUCCAACGCUGGCAAAUCUCAAUACCCAAAUCUUCAAGCUUUUAAUGCAGUUGGUGCUACUCGUGAAGAUCCGACCAAUGAUGAGUCUCACUGUGCCUGUCUGCGCUAUAUGCGUUUAUUUUAUCCAGCGGAUUUAUCUUCGGACAUCUCGACAGCUACGUUUUCUUGAACUGGAGUCGAAAUCAUCAUUGCUCACGAACUUUAUGGACACGGCAAACGGCAUUGUUACAAUUCGCGCGUUUGGUUGGAAAGAGAAAUUCCAGAAAGAGAACGUGCAAGCCCUAGACCUAUCACAAAAACCUUUCUACCUCCUUCUCUGCUUACAGUGCUGGCUAAAGAUGAUGCUAGAUUGCAUCAUCACAGGUUUUGCAGUUGUUCUAAUUGCGUUCACCAUCUCUUAUCGCAACACCACUGCCGGUGCGGACCUUGGCUUGGCUCUGAACUUGAUAAUCGUCGCAAACACCACGCUUUUAAAACUUGUCCAGUCCUGGACAUCCUUUGAGACAUCCUUGGGGGCUAUUUCUCGAUUGAAGAGCAUACAAGACUGUGUGCCGACUGAAUACAACACUGAGCAUACUGUGGAUCCUGGCCUGCGAUGGCCCUCUAGUGGAAAUCUACACGUCAACGGCGUGUCAGUCGGUUAUACAAAGUCAUCGCCACUUGCCCUGCGCAAUAUAUCCUUCGUCGUUAAGCCUGGACAAAAGACCGUUGUUGUGGGUCGAACAGGGAGUGGCAAAAGUACAUUGAUGCUUUCCUUACUUCAACUUCUCGAACCCAGCGAGGGAUCAACAUUCAUCGACGACAUCAGCCUCACGCAUAUGUCACCAAGAACGGUGCGAAAACGUGGUUUCAUUGCAGUGCCACAAGAUGGGUUGACAAUUCCAACGGCCACUCUACGCUUUAAUCUAGAUCCUUAUCAUACGAGCUCAGAGGAAGAAAUAUCCCUGAGUCUUCAAAGGACUGGCCUUUGGGAUAAGAUCCAAUCUAUGGCCGAUACGGCCGAGAAGGCAGGGGCGAGUCCAAAAAGAAGCCUGCUCGAUCUUCCUAUGUUGUCAUUUCUACCACUCUCAGCUGGACAACUACAGUUACUGGCCUUAAGCCGAACACUGCUACGAGUCUGGUCUUCCGCACCGCACAAGCCGAUCGUCAUCUUGGAUGAAGUCAGCUCUUCCUUAGACUCAGAAACAGAGUCUAUUCUGAUAGAUAUUCUUCGGGACGAUCUCCGAGAUUACACUGUUGUGAUUAUCGCACAUCGUGUUGCUGGUAUCAUGGGUGCUAUGAGACCUGGAGUUGAUGCAAUUGCCACCAUGCAAGAUGGCAGGUUGCAGACUGUGUCUAUUGUCGACAGCUCUGGUUGA